AUGGCGCACGAGACGCAGCGAAGUCAACCCCAUGGAUCUAACAGCGUUCAAAAUGCGUCCUUGCAACGCUCUAACGCACUGAAUUAUCUGAACACCGCCUAUACUAGCUCAGAGGAUAUAUAUCACAUACAGCGUGUGACUUAUUCACCGAACAGGGUGUCUGCCCCUUCCACAAUUUGCUUGUCACAACCCGUCCCCAGCACGUCCUCUCUUUACCCCGCCGACGCUGAACCUCCUUGCGUUCCUGUGUGCAGUUCACAGCACACAGGAGGCAUCUCUUACGUGCCGACACAUGUGGAUUCUACUAAUUUGACUAAUGCUGCACACGGAAAUCCUACGGGACACAUGACUCAUGUGCAGUGUAAUACUAGCUCCAGCCAACCGGAUAUGCUUGAGACUUUACUAUCUCGCAACAGUUACACUCCACAAGUGCAAGUGGUUCAGGGAUACUCUCCUCGCUUAGUGACGUCUUUGGCACCAAACCAGGGCAAUCCAACGCCGAGCGCGGUUGUCAUGGCCAAUCCAGCAGCAGCGAAACACGUGACUGUCGUCACCACUAGCCACUCGACUGUACAAAAUUAUCCCACAAUCACUGCAUCCUCAGGAGUGGCAACUGACCCCGAGAAGCGUCAGUUGAUACAACGGCAGUUGAUUCUUCUGCUCCAUGCUCAACGUUGUCAACGUUACGAAGGGGAAGGUAAUGGCCGAGCCUGCCAAUGUUCAACACCUCAUUGUCGGACAAUGCGUGGAGUUCUUCAGCACAUGGCUACUUGCACAGAAGGGAAAAACUGCCAGAAACCGCACUGCGCUUCGUCCAGACAAAUAAUCGCUCACUGGAAGUACUGUAACAGCAGGGGUUGCCCAGUUUGUGAACCCCUUCGACAAAAUCCCCAUUACCAACGAACUCAGGUUGCUCGUCAACAACCGAGUCAAAUGCCCACUGCUUCUGGCCGCCCUCCAGAAGUGAAUGGCGUUGAUUCAAGUCCACAGUCUACUGCACCCCAUUUGCCACCGUGCAACCAACCCACACGAUCUCUGCCGACACCAGCCAAUGCAAUGCCAUCAAAUUCACUUCGCGUGGUUUCUACGACAGUGCCGUCCACUUUGAGCAUUGAAGUUCCCAACGUAAAUGGUGUGUGCAGUGUUGCUUCUUCAGGCAAUCCACCAAUGGACCAAACAGGCUGGCGAAGAAAAGUCAACAUGGCAAAACGUGAUCACGUUGUUAGGCGCAUUGCUCUCUCCACAACCUCAACUACUAAAACCGUCAACUCAACCGCUGCCAAUGGGUGUUUCGACGCUCCAUCUGACAACUUUGAAAUGACUUCCUACAACUCACACGAAGCUAGCAAUUCAGAAAGUGAUAUGUCACGUUUGGAACAUUACCUCCAAUCCGCGUACAAUCGACAUCGUGGCAAGUCAGAGGCCGGCGUGUCCGGGGCUUCUGAACCUGCUUCAAAUGCAUCCACCACAUCUUCCGUAGCCGUCUCUAAUUCACAGACUAAAGUUGAGGAGGAUGAGGCCAAACCAAGUUCUUGCGUGACUCCUUCAGGCGACGGUGCGCCAGUUAAAUUAGAAGGCGAAUCUACUGCUCCCUUAAAAGAGGUGAAAACCUCAGGAACACCUAAUUCAACACCAAACACAGAAUCCUUUUCCGUGACCUCAAACACUGCCGUUACCUCAACCGCAUCCAAUACACAGCAGAGUUCGCUUUCUUUAAAGCCAGAUGAAUCCAAAUGGAAGCGAUGGUCUAGGGAAGAAUUAUUGCGGCAUUUCUUACAGCUGCACGAAGAGAUUUCAAACGAUAAGCACGCAGAACCGUUCAUAGCACCAGUAGACCCUGUUGUGCUUCACAUACCGGACUACUUUCAAGUCAUCAAAGAACCAAUGGAUCUUACUACCAUUCGUAAUAAUCUGGAAGACGGAAAGUACUCCGAUCCUUGGCAGGUCGUUGAACACUUUCGACUAAUGUUUAAUAAUGCGUGGUUAUACAACAAGAAAACUUCCAGGGUUUAUAAAAUGUGCUCAAAGCUUGCGGAGCUUUUCCAGAGCAGAAUUGAUCAAGUUAUGCAAGCAAUGGGAUUUUGCUGCGGGCAGGAUUACGAAUAUCAACCACAAGGGCUGUAUUGCUCCUCAGCUAAUCUUUGCACAAUCAACAGGGAUGCAAACUACUAUGUGUUCUUCAAUAAACCAAUAUCCAAAGAUCUUUUCGAACGUCGGAAGAAUAAUGUCAAGGAAAAAGAGGAGUACGUAACCUGUAAUGAAUGUGGUAGACGUUGGCACAAAGUGUGUGCUUUGCACAUGAACGAAAUUUGGCCCACCGGGUUUGUUUGCCCAGGAUGCUUGCGGGAACGCGGACUCCGACGCAAAGAGAAUCGCUUUACUGCAAAGAAAUUGCCUGUUACUCGCUUGAGUACCUUUCUGGAGAAACGCGUUAAUGAUUUCCUAAAGAAAAAGGAAGUUGGCACUGGGGAGGUCACCAUUCGUGUUUUGGCCAGUUCUGACAAAACUGUUGAAGAGAUUGACGGACAGGACGUUUGCUUCUUUGGACUGUAUGUCCAAGAAUAUGGCUCUGAUAGUCCGCAACCCAACCGUCGCAGAGUGUACGUUGCCUACUUAGACUCCGUAUUCUUCUUUCGUCCUAAGCAGUAUCGUACUGAUGUCUACCACGAAAUACUUGUUGGUUAUCUUCUGUACGCUAAGCGAUGCGGGUACACAAUGGCGCACAUAUGGGCCUGCCCACCAGGUGAGGGGGACGACUAUAUUUUCCACAUGCACCCGGCUGAGCAAAAGAUACCGAAAGCAAAACGUCUUCAAGAUUGGUACCGCCGCAUGCUUCAGAAAGCGAUAAUUGAGGAUAUUGUUGUGGACUACAAAAAUAUAUUGAAGGAUGCUCUGGAUCACCAGCUAGUGUCCCCCACCGAAAUCCCCUACUUCGAGGGAGACUUUUGGCCUAACACAUUGGAGGAUAUUCUCAAGGAAUUAGAAGAAGAGGAAGCCAGACGGCGUCGGGAAGAGGCGGAAGCCGAAGAUGACGAAUCCGAUGGUGGGGGUAACGCUGGAGAUGGUGCCACUAGCGAUCCUGGUAAAAGAAGCGGUAAGAAGAAAGCAAAGAAGCGCAAAGGUAACAAAAAAGGUAAUACAUCCACCGCCAGCAAGCGCAAGCGAUUAGACGGCCCUAUUGAUUGCGCCCAAGAACUAUCUCGAAAGGUGUACGACACAAUGGAUAAACUGAAAGAAAUUUUCUUCGUUAUACGCCUGCACCGCCACAAUUCCGCCGCAUCUCUGCCACCUACUACAGACCCAGAUCAACCAGUACACAGCGAGUUGAUGGACAGCCGCGACGCCUUCCUGCAAAUGGCCAGGGAGCGCCACUUAGAGUUUUCGUCUCUCCGACGGGCGAAGUAUUCCACGAUGGUGCUACUUUAUGAACUGCACAUGGAGUUGAGGCAAAGUUUCAUGUACAACUGCAACGUUUGUGGUGCCCAAAUAGAAACACGGUGGCACUGUAACGACUGUGAAGAGUAUGAUCUUUGUUCAAGGUGCUACAAAACGGAAAACCAUCCGCAUCCCAUGGUCAAAUAUGGUCUUGGUAUCGAUGAGGAUUCUAAUUCAGCUGAGGGAGCUAAUGAUCGUGCAGCGGGUGCUAGUUCGACAACUGACAGGCGUAGCAGUAUCGAAAGAUGCAUCAAGUCGCUUUUGCAUGCAUGCCAAUGCCGGGACGCAAACUGCCGUAUGCAGACUUGCACCCAGAUGAAACGAGUUCUUUGCCACGCGCGCAACUGUGUGAAGAAGGCAACAAAUAGCUGUGUACUUUGCCGACAAUUACUAUCCCUUUUAUGGCAUCACGCUCGCUGUUGCGAAGAGUCCAAGUGUUCGGUACCUUUCUGUGCCAACAUCAAGUAUCGCGUCAAACAAAAACAGUUGCAACAACGGCUUCAACAGAACAAACUCCUGCGUCGUCGCAUUUCCACCAUGCAUCGCGGUGCGAACCCUCCUUCAGAUCACACAUCUAUGACUCCGCACCCCGUGGCGGUGGCAUCCACCAGUGUCCCAGUAACGGAUCCGACACAUGGUCGCCCAUCGGAUUCGCCUUCAGGUCUUUCAACACUUGGUUCCGGAGUUUUCAAUCGACGCAGUAUGGGAAUCAACUCUCCCAGCAAUCUUCCUCCAUGCUUGUAG